UGCAAACGGGUCUCAGACGGUCUUUUCACAAGAUGGCGCCGAAAGCAAAGAAGGAAGCUCCUGCCCCUCCCAAAGCAGAAGCCAAGGCAAAGGCAUUGAAGGCCAAGAAGGCAGUGCUAAAAGGCAUCCACAGCCACAAAAAAAAGAAGAUCCGUACAUCACCCACCUUCCGGCGGCCAAAGACUCUGAGGCUCCGGAGGCAGCCCAAAUAUCCUCGGAAGAGCGCCCCCAGGAGAAACAAGCCUGAUGGUGAGAAGAAGGCAUAUGUUCGACUGGCUCCUGAUUAUGAUGCUUUGGAUGUUGCCAACAAAAUUGGGAUCAUCUAAACCAAGUCCAGCUGGCUAAUUCUAAAUAUAUAACUUUUCA